UUCAGUUUAUGAAAUUUGUGCAUGGGAUAAUGUCGGUGAGCUCCGUUCUAAAUUUUUUUAUUUCGUAAAUUCCGCGCCGCCGAGACAUACAGGAUUCAAAAAUUUAAAUAAAGUUGGUGGAUUGGUGUAGGAGCGACUAAAAUGAUAAAGGUCGAUGAAAGCGAUCCCGUCGGAGAAAUUGAACUUAGUUUCCCACAUAGAACGGUUCAAAUUCAACGAGGGGUAGAUCCCAAAGAAUUAUAUAUAUUAGAAGAGGAAAUCGGAAGAGGAAAAUUUGGAACCGUUUACAGAUGCAAAGAAAAAUCCACUGGACUUUGUUUGGCGGCGAAAUUUAUCGCUUGCCCGAAAAAAGAAGAUAAAAGAAACGUCGAAAGGGAAAUAGAUAUAAUGAGAUCGUUGCAACAUCCAAGGCUGAUACAAAUAUACGACGCGUUCGAAAAUGGGAAAAUCAUGACGGUCAUUUUGGAACUAAUCCAAGGCGGAGAGUUAUUUGAAAGAGUCAUCGAUGACGAUUUUAUUUUGACUGAGAAAAGCUGUACGGUUUUUAUGAGACAGAUAUGCGAAGGUGUCGAUUUUAUACAUAAACAGAGGAUAUUACAUCUUGAUAUGAAACCGGAAAAUAUUUUAUGUUUAACAAAAACCGGUAACAGAAUUAAAAUUAUCGAUUUCGGAUUAGCCAGAAAAUUCGAUCCGAACAAAAAACUUCAAGUUCUUUUUGGUACACCGGAAUUCGUGGCACCGGAAGUGGUAAAUUUCGAUGAAAUCGGAUAUGGGACCGAUAUGUGGUCCGUUGGUGUCAUUUGUUACGUACUACUGUCUGGUCUGUCCCCAUUUAUGGGUCAUACUGAUGUAGAAACAAUGGCGAAUGUUACUAUAGCUAAAUAUGAUUUCGAUGAUGAAGCUUUCGAUGAAAUUUCUGAUAAUGCGAAAGAUUUCAUCAGAAAAUUACUCAUUAAAGAUAUGAACCAACGACUCACGGCAUCGGAUUGUUUAAAUCACGAUUGGCUGAAGAGAAAAUCGACGAAAACCCCCACCAUGGACGUGACCAAAGACAACCUAAAACAGUUCGUCGAAAGAUGGAACGAACACCCCAAUUCCCCCUACGUUUUCGAAACGCUACCACCCACCGGAGACGAGAAUCUGUCGCGUUCCAGUCAAUCUUUAAUCGGUGAGUCACCAUCGCCUUGCGGAUCCUUAGCGUCAUCUUCCGGUUCCGAUGACGCGUUUCUACGAGAUAACCAACGACCGCUCUCGACACCGUCGGACCAUUUCAGAAGAGCCUCGGACAGCACUUGCGUCGUAAAAACCAGCGAUAUAACCGAGAGGGUGAAUCUGGCCGAAGAAAUACGAAAAUUAUCCGAUAAACUUUUCCAACUGUCCAAUUUCGAUACGGACCUGACUAAUAAGGAAGUUUCGUUUAAACCGGAAGAAACGACGCGGAUACCGUGGAGAAAAACGAAAUUCAAAAUAAGCAACGCCUCCAGAGACGUUCCCCUCGUCGUUAAAACUAUUCAUAAAUCUGGCAACGUCGAUAGUCCGAACGGUACGAAAGAUCUGCUGUUGCAGUUGUUGGAACAGUGGGAUGAAGCGGAGGGAGUCGGGAGGAGAAACGUUAGACACGCCUCCGUAUCGACGGAUUUUGGCGGGAACGAAUCGCUGGGACAGAAAACGAUCAGUUCGUUGAAUACGUUUUUUCAAUCGAGAUCCGCUAAUAAACUUCCCAAAUUCCAGUUGAAUAAAACUUGAAUUUAUUUUAAUUAUUCACGCAUUUUUAUUUUUUAAUUUAUUUAUUGUUGUCAUAUGUACAUACGGGACCAUUUUACCUUCGAAAUUAUAUUUGAUGUUCGUGAUUCGUUGUUCAAAUAUAUAAUUUUAUUAACGAAA